CGAGUCGGAGGCGUCUCCGUCCGCACAGUGCUCGACGUCGAGCAGUCCGCGUACGUUCGCAACAACGUUUCACCGCAUUAAUGUGGUAGUGCAUCCGGAGCACCGCACACGUCCGCGGCCACGGUGCAGCCCUCACCUCUCGUGCACGACCGUGUCAGAGAAUAAUCGACGAUCGAGAUCGGUCAGGGGGAAAAAGGCACAACGUGCACAGAACGUCGGGAUCAGUGCUGGCACGAUAGAGCCACGGCGUCCGAGGCAGUGUGAAAAUCCCGAUCGUUUCGCGACACACGAACCCGUCGAUCAUAAUUCUUCUUCGUGGUGCGUGUCCCUAGCCGCCCCUGCGUCCCUUGCCGUUCCUACUUCCUUUUUCCCUCCGUUUCUCUCUCUCUUUUUCUCUCCGUUUCUCGCCCUCUCUGGUUCGACACCUCCUCUACAACCACGACUUCCGACUCCCCGCGAGUUGCACCCCCGCCGCAUAAUAUAAGUAACACAGGCACACAGGGAUACAGAGACACACGUACACAGACAGUCGGACAUACACGCUAGAAUACACACAGACGAACCUCGUGCGUCCCUUAUUUCUUUUUUUUCCCCCAUUUUCCUCGGCCCAGCGCGUCCCGGACACGUUCUUUCGCCGAUAGCUCUCUUUCUCUCCCACCCUCUCCUUUCACCGUUGUCGAUCCCGCGACAGUCCCCCCAAAACGUCACCGAGUUCGCGGUGAAAUGCCCGUGACCGGUCGUGGCUCGCGGCGACGACGAAGACGAGGCGGGUGUUGUUGGUGUACGGUUCCUUGACGAGCACGGGUUACGUGCGAACUGGCGCAUGCACUGCAGCCCCUGCUACUAUGAUAAUAACGAGAAAGGCGGCACGGUGGGCGCAUCUCCUGAAGCGAGAGGCGCUCGGCCGAACCUACGCGGCACAAGAAGACCGGUCCGAACAGGAAGCGGAACCAAUAGCCACACCACGCGUCGUUGUCACGGCGAUGCUGCCUCGUCCUGGCCGAGUGUACGACAACGACAACACCGACACCGCCGUCAACACCGUGGCCACCGACCUGCCGACGAGGAUAAGCAGCAAAAGCGUCUCGCUGGCGCUGCCGUUGCCGUUCCCGUACUACCGACGACGUUGCUGCUACGAUUAUUACCGCAACCCCGACCACUACCGUCGCUCUUAUCCUAGUGCCGAGACAAUCGACACGCUGCCGAGCAAAGCAGAUCGCCCGCAACACGGCCACGAGGAUCUCACGACGCUGGUUCAACCGAGGAUCGUUGGUGAGCGACGCGCGGCGACGACCGUAGCACCGUCGUUAUUAUCAUCGCCGGCACCAGCAAUAGCGGUAGCACCGCCAUCGUCGACACCCACGUCGUCGUGCACAACGGAAGAGCAACAGGACGCCUCCGACGCGGAACAGGAAACGGGGAACGGGGCGAGCCUCGCGAUUCAAGCGGCGGUUGCAGCGGUGACCGUGAGCGUGGACAGUAACCGACUCAGCCGGCGAAACGUGCUAGCCGCACGAUUUUGCGCGUGACCAACAGCCCGUUCGCUGUUACGCCGAAGUCGAUAAUAAUCGCGGUGUCGCCGAUCCGCGGCGGACUUCUAAGCCGUUUUACAUGUCACGGUUGCGAUUGGAACGGUACGCGUUCUCUCGUGUGUAACUCAGUGAAUAACGGUUAUAUAUAUAUCUAAUAUAUAUACACACACACAAACACAAGUACAGGCGCGUAUACGAAGCGAAGUUUAUCGGUGUACCGAUCAGAAAACCGCCGGCGAGCUUUCGCCGGAGAUACAUUCCCGCCCUCCCUCGCUCCCUCAAUCCCCGCAACCCCUUCGUUUCCCAACUCCCAUCCUUCACGCACCGGUUCACGGUGUUACGGAAAUUACGGAACGAGGGUACACAACGCGCGUGAUCUUUUGUGCAUCGUGGAAGUACCAGUGUAUGUACAGAGCUAGAAGAGAAGGAGGAGGAGGAAGAGGAGGAGGACGAGGAGAAAGGAGGAGGAGGAGGCGCGAGUGGUAUAUUAUCGGAGAGUCCGCGGGGCUAAGGAUCGUCGUUGUCGUAGGCGUCGUUCGCGUGUAGCCUGGCCGGUUCUGACGUUUCGUGUGCAGAGCACGCGCGAAUUUCACGCCGGCAGCGUGAUAGAUAGACCCACGGCGCCGGCCAGAGGCUAUAGCCUGCGCGGGGUACACGACAUCGUCAGGGACAAGAGUGCCGGGUUGAAAGAGGACUCGGCUCGCCUCCGAGUUUUGUUCGCGGUAUUCGCGCGUGCCGGAACAGUCGAAAUCAAGUACGUGUAAUAAGAGGACGAAAAAAACUCGCGAGAAGGGACACACUGUGAACGAGAAGAAACGAAAAGGACUUGGGAUAAACGAGGAGGAGAAACGGAGGUGCAGAGGACAGACGAGAACAUAGUGGGAUAUCGUUUCGACUUCGUGCUCCUGAGAAAUUAGUUGAACUGUGUGUCGCGAUAUCGCGGUACACACGCGCAUAUUCGUAUUGUAUCUUUCUCUAUCUCCGUUUAUCUGUCUGCAAACACACACAUACACAGACAUACAGACACGAACAGGAACACACGCGCGUACCCUCUCGCUAUCUGUCUCUCUAAAACGCGCUAUCUCUAAACACUUUCUUCUCUCUUUCUCUUGUGCUCUGUAAUAUUUACAUAUACGUUACAUGUACGUACGCGUCGUAUGCAUACAUACAUACAUAAAUACAUACA